AUGGGUCGUUUGCUAGGUUUGGAAUUAUACAAUUUCAAAUCUUAUAAAGGUGUUGUUAAAGUGGGAUUUGGAAAUUCUAGCUUUAUAAGUAUUAUAGGUCCAAAUGGGUCUGGUAAAUCUAAUAUGAUGGACGCAAUUUCCUUUGUUUUGGGUGUACGUAGUUCUCAAUUAAGGUCUAAUAUUUCAAAGGAUUUAAUAUAUAGAGGUAUUAAAGAUACCAUCGACGGAGUUGAUGAUUCCAAUACAGAGAAUAAUACCAGUGAUAACACAGCAGAUGAAACAGAAGAUACCACAGAUGCAUAUGUAAAAGCAUUUUAUCAACCAAAUGAUAAUGAUAGUGAUGAUUCUGAUAUAAUUGAAUUUAUGAGGCAAAUUUUACCUAAUGGUGAGACAAAUUAUUUCAUUAAUCAAAAACAAGUAACUUUCAAGAAAUAUUCUGAAACUUUAGCACAUGAAAACAUUUUAAUUAAGGCCAAAAAUUUCCUUGUCUUUCAAGGUGAUGUCGAACAAAUUGCGUCUCAAUCACCAAUUCAAUUAACUAAUAUGCUGGAAACAGUAUCAGGAUCUAUUCAGUAUAAAAAAGAUUAUGAAAUACUAAAGGAAAAAUUAGAACUUUUAAACCAAUCUACUGCUGAAUCAAUAAGAACACGUAGAAGAAUACAUAUGGAACUGAAAACUUAUAAAGAUGGGAUUGCAAGGGAUAAAGAAUAUAAAGCUACAAUGAAAAGAAAAAAAUAUAAUGAAAUGAUCCUUGCUUUAUGGAAAUUAUAUCAUUUAAAAUUAGACAAAGAUGAGUUGUUGAGUAAAUUAACAAAAUAUGACGAUAGAUUAUUAGACUUGAAUGUAAAAGUUACAAAACAAGAUGAAAUAAUAAAAGAUGAAAAAAAAAUUGUUUAA